AUGACACAAACCUUACAAAUCAAAACAAAUCCAGAUCUUAGUUAUAACAAGAUACAGUUUAUUGGAAAGAAAACACUCAAGAGCUCUUUAAAAUUAAAGAAUCUGCAACUGGAUCAUAAUGAAAUAACUUGUGUAUCAGAUCAAGCUAUAAGAGGAUUACAUGAGAUGGAAAUAUUAACAUUAAGUAACAAUAAUAUCACAACUUUACCUAAAGAUGUGUUUUCUGUUAUGUCCAAAUUGAGAGUUUUACGUAUCAGUGAAAAUAAAUUAGUAUGUGACUGUCAUCUAGCAUGGUUAGCACGAUGGCUUCGUAACCAACCAACUUUAGCUUUAUUUACUGAAUGUGCUAAUCCACCACAUCUCAAGAACAAGGAAUUAGCAGAAUUACAAGAAAGUGACUUUAAAUGUAUUGAUGGUAUUAGAGAUCAUCACCAUAAUCAGAACUGCAUUGUUGAUAAUUUAUGUCCACAUAAAUGUACAUGUACUGAAGGUGUUAUAGACUGUCGUAAUAAAGGACUGUCACAAAUACCAGAUAAUAUACCAGAGACAGCAACUGAAAUUCGUAUGGAACAAAAUCAUAUAACCCAAAUUCCUUCUCGAAUAUUUGAAGAUAUGAAAAAACUAAGAAGAAUUGAUUUCAGUAAUAACCAGAUAUCAUAUUUGGCACCCGAUGCCUUCUCUGGUUUACAUUCUCUUAGUUCACUUGUUUUAUAUGGUAAUAAAAUAACAGAUUUACCCCCUGGUGUAUUUAAUGGAUUAUAUAAAUUGCAAUUAUUAUUGUUGAAUGCCAAUAGAAUUGUAUGUGUGAGAGUGGAUGCCUUCAAAGAUUUACAAAGCUUAAAUCUAUUAUCUUUGUAUGAUAAUAAGAUUCAAUCAUUAGCCAAUGGAACUUUUACACCAUUGAAAAAUAUUCAAACUUUACAUUUAGCAAGGAAUCCAUUCAUUUGUGAUUGUAAUUUAUAUUGGUUAGCCAAGUAUUUACAGUUAAAUCCUAUAGAAACAAGUGGGGCUCGCUGUGAAUCUCCUAGACGAAUGAGUAGAAAAAAGAUUGGCACUGUUAAACCUAACAAAUUUAAAUGUAAAGGUGCUGAAGUUCAUAGGACAGUUAAUGCUGGUACUUGUAUGAUUGAUAGAGAAUGUCCUGAACAAUGUACCUGUGUUGGUACUAUAGUUGACUGUUCUGGUAGAGAUCUGAAAGAAAUACCAGAUUUUUUACCAAUGUACACAACAGAAUUGAAACUGGGUAACAAUGGAAUAACCAAAAUCAAGGCUGAUGGAUUAUUCACUAAAUUAUCAAACCUGCAAGUUUUAGAGUUAAAUGAUAAUAAGAUAGAAAUGAUAGAAGAUGGAACAUUUAUUGGUGCCAGUAAACUCACUGAUUUACAAUUAACAAAUAAUAGAUUAACACAGUUAUCUGGAAAAGUUUUUACUGGGCUAGAAAAUGUUAAAACUCUAAUGAUUCGAGGAAAUAAAGUUACCUGCAUCAAUAAUUCUACAUUUACAGAAACUCCCAGAUUACGACUUCUAUCAAUCUAUGAUAAUCAAAUAAGAUGUAUCAUGAAAGGAUCAUUUGACAGAUUAUAUUAUUUAUCUACAUUAAAUUUGAUGGCAAAUCCCUUCAAUUGCAAUUGUCAUCUAGGAUGGUUAUCAAAUUGGUUGAAGCAACGCAAUGUGAUCACAGGAACACCAACAUGUUUUGCUCCUCAUGCUUUGAAAAAUACUCCAAUACAAGAUUUAAAAGACAAAGAUUUUGUUUGUGAAGAAAAUAAUGAAAUUGGUUGUAAUGUUGGACCUGCUUGUUGCCAUGAUAGUAAUAUGUUAACAGAAGAGAAUAGUUGUGAUCCCAGAGCAUAUUGUCCACCAAAAUGUACAUGUAAGGGAACUGUUGUUAGAUGUAGUAGAAAAGGUUUAACAGAAAUACCAAAAUAUAUUCCCCUAGACACAACAGAGCUGUAUCUUGAUGUCAAUGAAAUUACUAGAAUACCAGAAGAAAUUGGUUUACUUACUAAAUUAAACAGACUAGAUUUAAGUCACAAUAAAUUGUUAACAUUACAAGAAUCAGUGUUUGGUAAUUUGACUAAUCUCAAUACAUUAAUUUUAAGUUAUAAUGAACUACAAUGUGUAGCACCAUCAAGUUUCAAAUCUUUGAAAAAUCUCAGAAUUUUAUCACUACAUAAGAACAAUAUAUCUAGUAUACCAUAUGGUUCCUUUAAAGAUUUGGUGUCUCUUGAUCAUAUUGCCUUAGGUGGUAAUCCAUUACACUGUGACUGUAAUUUGAAGUGGCUAUCAGAUUGGAUUAAAGAUGAUUUCAUUGAACCAGGUAUUGCUUUAUGUGUCGGACCACCUCAAAUGAAGGACAAACUAUUGUUGACUACAGAAUCAAAAUAUUUUGAAUGUUUGGAAUCUUUGGAUCCAAAGGUGACAGAGAAAUGUAAUGUUUGUUUGAACAACCCUUGUUCUAAUGGUGGUACAUGUCAUACUGUAGAGUUUAAAAAUUUUACGUGUGAAUGUACUACAGCUUUCCAUGGUGAACGUUGUGAACGUCAGAUUGACGCCUGCUUUGGAAAUCCUUGCAACAAUGGUGGAAAUUGUGAGGUACUUGAACAUGGCAGAUUUAGAUGUCAUUGUUUAGAUGGGUUUAAAGGUGAUAGGUGUGAAACCAAUAUAGAUGAUUGUGUUCAAAAUAAAUGUCAAAAUGGAGCAACGUGUGUUGAUGAAAUUAUGUCUUACUCUUGUCAUUGUACACAGGCCUUUACUGGUAAAAGAUGUGAAAAUAAAAUCCCAUUCUGUAAAGAAGGUUAUAAUUAUUGUCAUAAUGGUGCUACUUGUGUUAGUAUGAAUACAGAUUAUAGGUGUGAUUGUCAACCAGGAUUUUCAGGGAAGAAUUGUUCUCAAAAUGUAGAUGAUUGUAAGUCUCACGUAUGUCAAAACGGAGCAACUUGUGUGGAUGGCUUAAAUACUUACGCUUGCAUGUGUCCAUCAGGGUAUUCUGGACAACAUUGUGAGAUUGCACCAGUCGUUCCCAUCUAUAACUUCUGGAAUCCUAACAAGCAAAUGUCGGGUGCCUGCAAGAACCACGACUGUCAGAAUAAUGCUGUCUGCUUCAUGCCACGUGGUGCUACGGAGUCCACUGACUAUCAGUGUCGAUGUGCACCAGGUUUUGAUGGUAAAAAAUGUGAAAAACUAGCAAGUGUGUCAUUCAAACAUAAAGAUUCUUACAUCCAACUGCCUAACGUGGACUUUCGUAAAGGUGUCAAUAUCACAAUUGUGUUUAAAACUGAAUCUUCCACAGGUAUUCUUUUAUAUGCUGGACAGGAUCAACAUGUGGCUGUGGAACUCUUCCGUGGACGUGUACGUGUUAGCUUUGAUGUGGGAAAUUACCCAGUCUCUACCAUGUUCAGUUAUAAACGCGUUGAUAAUGGACAUCUUCACUCUUUAGAAAUGUUAAUCAAACAGAAAAACUUCACAAUGAAAAUUGAUCAUGACGGUUUCCCCAGGACUGUUGUUAAUCAAGGUCCACAAGAUUAUCUAGAAGUUGAUGAUGAUCUGUAUUUAGGAGGUUUACCUGCCAUUGUCAACACCAGAGCCUUUAAAAAGUGGCAUAUUAGGGAUGGAAUCAGCUUUAAAGGUUGUUUUAGCCAAGUGUUCAUCAACAGAAAACCACAAGAUUUAACUACAGCUAGAAAUAGUCAUAAAGUCACUCCUGGUUGCCAAUUGGAUCCUUGCCAAGGAAACAAAUGUGAACAUGGAAGAUGCAAGCCGCGCAAAAAUAAACCAGGUUAUCGUUGCAAAUGCAAAAGAGGCUUCUCUGGAACGUUUUGCAACAUACGGCCUACAUGUAGAGAGAUUGUGUUCCGUGAUACCUAUUCAGAUCCCAAAACAAAAUGUACCUCAAGAGCUAGAAUCAAGUACCGACGAUGUGAAGGAACAUGUGGAAAAACUUGCUGUAAGCCAAAAAAGAUCAAAACACGCAAAGUUCGUUUAUUCUGCCCUGAUGGAAGCAAUUACGUUUAUGAACUACCAGUUAUCAGAAAAUGUGGCUGUACAAAGUGUUAA